ACAAUGUCAAUUUUUAAUUCCACUGAUGUGGAAAUCUCCACCUUCUUCCUCAUUGGGAUUCCAGGAAUGAAGCAUAUUCAUAUUUGGGUCUCCGUCCUCAUUUGUUCAAUAUACCUCAUCGCCAUCCUAGGGAACUGCACCAUUGUCUAUUUCAUAAAGACAGAGACCUCUCUGCAUGAGCCUAUGUAUUAUUUCCUCUCUAUACUGGCCUUUUCCGACCUAGGAUUGUCCAUCUCUUCCCUUCCAACUAUGCUGAGGAUUUUCUUGUUCAAUGCUACCGGAAUCUCCAGUGAUGCCUGUUUUGCUCAAGAGUUUUUCAUUCAUGGAUUCUCAGCGAUGGAAUCAUCCAUUCUUCUUGUCAUGUCCAUUGAUCGCUUAAUAGCCAUCUAUCAUCCUCUGAGAUACACCUCCAUCCUGACCAAUGACAGAGUCAUUAAAAUUGGACUUGUGUUUGUUACAAAAAGUAUCUCGUUGGUCUUUCCUUUCCCCUUUAUACUAAAAAGACUGAAAUACUGUAAGAAUCUUUUAUCCCACUCCUACUGUCUCCACCAGGAUGUCAUGAAACUGGCCUGUUCCGAUAACAGAGUCAAUAUCAUCUAUGGAAUGUUUGUGGCCCUAACAGGUAUGCUAGACUUGCUGUGCAUUUCUGUGUCCUACAUGCUGAUCCUGAAGACUGUUGUUGGCAUUGCCUCACACAAGGGCCGUCUCAAAGUCUUUAACACGUGCAUCUCCCACCUCUGCGCAGUACUGAUCUUCUACGUGCCUGUAAUCACGUUGGCUCUCAUUUACCGCUUUGCCAAAAGUGUUUCUCUAGUUGUUAAGGUCUUAGUAGCUGAUACUUUCCUUCUUGUCCCUCCUCUAAUGAAUCCCAUUGUGUACUGUGUGAAGAAUCAGCAGAUUCGAAAUCUUAUCCUGUCCAAAUUAUGUGUGAAGCAAGGUUGA